AUAAGUCGCAUCAACAACUACACGUGCUCAACUGAUAAAUAUGGUUAAGUAAAUGGACGAACAAUAUGAGAGAAGUGUAAUGUGGACUUGAGGGCAAGGUUUGUGUAGCGCAGCCCAGCCCCAACAUGACACACAGCCAGAGAGGAGGAACCAAACACACUCACUCCAGUUAUCAUCAGUGCAAAUUACUCAACUAAACACCCAAGAGCCCCAACAGGGAAUAACCGUUUAUAACAAACAGAAAAUGUCGUUCAUCCCCGGUCAUCCUGUCACAGCAGUUGUGCAACGAAUUGAGAUUCACAAACUACGGGAUGGUGAUAAUUUAAUAUUAGGAUUCAGCAUUGGAGGGGGAAUCGACCAAGAUUCAAGCCAGAAUCCUUUUUCUGAAGACAAGACGGACAAGGGCAUCUAUGUCACACGCGUGUCUAAAGGUGGACCUGCAGAGGUGGCUGGUCUCAGGAUGGGGGACAAAAUCAUGCAGGUAAACGGCUGGGACAUGACUAUGGUGACACAUGAUCAGGCACGAAAGAAACUCACCAAGAAGAAUGAAGAUGUGGUCAGGCUUCUCGUCACCAGAAAAUCCCUGGAGAAUGCAGUCAGACAGUCCAUGAUGCAACACUAAUGCAGAGCUAAUCGAAUG